UGUGUGAUGUCAUCAUAUGCUAUCACAUUCUGUCUGCCUCCCAUCCCAUGUUUUCAACUUGCAUGUGUGGUUUGAAUGUGCAAGCAUUUGUGUGGUGUGUGUUCUGGAGUUUGGGAAUGUGUUUUGUUUUAUUCUGUCUGAGCAGGUAUUUGUGACGAUAGAUCUUGAGAAGAUCUUUCCGACGCAACAAGAAUCGCUUCAAUCGGAGCAAGAACGCGAAAGCUAUGAAGAUUCAAAGUUCAUGAGCUUGCGUUACAAUUGCGGCGGUUACAAAAUGAAGUUGUGGGGUGACUUUAUAUGGAGUUGGGACCUUUGGGGUUGGGGAAACUUGUCACUCUACUGUAACAGCUGCAAAUAGGUUGGGAACAACCAAGCUAGGUUGGCAAGGGUGGCCAACUUGGAUGGAUUGGUUGGGAAGGGACAAAUGUCAAAAUUGGGGUUCCUAUAGGGAGGGAAUCUUUGUGCUUAUGGGGUUUCCUUGGUUGAGGACUCUCUUGGGACCUUCCCUCUCAUCCCUCUCUUCCUAUCCCAACCUUUCUCUUGCUCCUUCUAAUUCCUUGUGAGAUUCUUGAACUUUAAUUGAACUUUUGAGAUUGAGUUAAGUUCUCCUCCUACAGCUUACCCCCUAAUGCGUCGAAAGCCAUAGCGUCGCGAAUACUUCAUCAAUCAACGUGUUUCAAAUUGGGAACGGUAGCUGAGAUUAAGAGCUACAACAUAUCUGAGUUUCGCGACAUUCCAACGGCUAGUUUUCCGUCGACGUCGUUUCUUGUGAAGACGACUUUUCUGUCCAGAAUUUCGGAUUUAUAUUUUGAGUAAUUCUAGCUCCUAAGUUCACCUAGACUCCGUCCUUAAUACUAACAAGUGGUAUCAGAGCGAUAUUAAGGACAUUGAGAGGAGUCUACAGAAGUGUGAAGACCCUUUUAGACCCACCAUGGCCUGUGGGUGUGCCUAAGUGGUGUUCUAAAGGUUGGAUGUGUCUUCCGCUAAGGGGAAACUCUGCCGAAAUUUCGUGGACGCCGACACUUGUGAAAAUAUCGAGGGAGCUGAGUGUGGACAGCAAAGGGGAGCUGAAAUUCGUCAUUUCUCAAGGAGAAGAUGAAUGAGAGAGGAGGAGAUGCUAAUGGAAGAGGAGCUGUAGCUGAGAAGACAAGUGAGCCGCCGCCAUCAAAAGUUGAAGCUUUGGAUGGCUCCAACUAUGAGGAAUGGAGCGGACGGAUGAGGAGUGCCUUCAAACGCUACAAGCUACUGAAGAUUGCUGUUGGGGAAGAGAAGAUGCCGGAAGAAGGCGAAGCAGGUGAACGGUGGAUUGAGAAAAGCGCGGUGCUUUUCGACCUCAUUCUUCAAUCGGUCAACAAGGAGAUGUUCGAGCACAUCAAGGAUCUUGUGGAAGCGGAUGAUUCGGGGCUGCCUGAUCCGUUUUGGGUGUCUGCACUGAGGCAGGUCGCCCUUGUGAAGAAUAGGGUGCUGGCUACAGUUGGAGAUAAGGAGUGGAUCCCAUAUGUCAAGUGGUAUGGGAGUGCUCCAGCGGUGAACAUGCUGAGGGCAUUUGGGUGCAUGGUGGUGUUUCAUGUGCCCAAGGAGAAAAGGGGGAAGUUGGAGGCUUCUGGAAGAUGGGGUGUGCACUUGGGGAUUGCAAAGGAUCACAAAGCAUGGCUGCUAUGGGACUUGACCACCCAGAAGCUGACAGUGUCAAGGGAUGUGAAGUUUCUUGAGUCCCUGUACUAUAAGGAAUGGAAGCAGCAGCAACAGAAGCUUCCAUCUACACCACUCAUUGUGGAGGCAGAUGAGUUGCAGCAGCCUUCAAGACAGGUGGAGGUUGCAGUGUCAGAGGAGGAGAUGUCUGGGGUGACUGAGGAAGGGGGAGCAGCUGAGGUGGAGCAGCAGCAGCAGCAUGAAUCUCCACCUCGAGUUCCACACCCGCCUGAGCGUCCUAGGAGGGAUGUGCGCCCUCCUGUGAGGCUGACCUAUGGGGGAAGAGGCAAGCCGAAUGUGGUGCAGGCUGGGAGUAUGUGGUAUGGUGGAUGAUGGUUGGCAGCCAGAGGGGGAGAUUGUUGUGUGAUGUCAUCAUAUGCUAUCACAUUCUGUCUGCCUCCCAUCCCAUGUUUUCAACUUGCAUGUGUGGUUUGAAUGUGCAAGCAUUUGUGUGGUGUGUGUUCUGGAGUUUGGGAAUGUGUUUUGUUUUAUUCUGUCUGAGCAGGUAUUUGUGACGAUAGAUCUUGAGAAGAUCUUUCCGACGCAACAAGAAUCGCUUCAAUCGGAGCAAGAACGCGAAAGCUAUGAAGAUUCAAAGUUCAUGAGCUUGCGUUACAAUUGCGGCGGUUACAAAAUGAAGUUGUGGGGUGACUUUAUAUGGAGUUGGGACCUUUGGGGUUGGGGAAACUUGUCACUCUACUGUAACAGCUGCAAAUAGGUUGGGAACAACCAAGCUAGGUUGGCAAGGGUGGCCAACUUGGAUGGAUUGGUUGGGAAGGGACAAAUGUCAAAAUUGGGGUUCCUAUAGGGAGGGAAUCUUUGUGCUUAUGGGGUUUCCUUGGUUGAGGACUCUCUUGGGACCUUCCCUCUCAUCCCUCUCUUCCUAUCCCAACCUUUCUCUUGCUCCUUCUAAUUCCUUGUGAGAUUCUUGAACUUUAAUUGAACUUUUGAGAUUGAGUUAAGUUCUCCUCCUACAGCUUACCCCCUAAUGCGUCGAAAGCCAUAGCGUCGCGAAUACUUCAUCAAUCAACGUGUUUCAAAUUGGGAACGGUAGCUGAGAUUAAGAGCUACAACAUAUCUGAGUUUCGCGACAUUCCAACGGCUAGUUUUCCGUCGACGUCGUUUCUUGUGAAGACGACUUUUCUGUCCAGAAUUUCGGAUUUAUAUUUUGAGUAAUUCUAGCUCCUAAGUUCACCUAGACUCCGUCCUUAAUACUAACAGAUUGGUGGGGGGACAAAGGAUUGGGUGAAGGUGAAAGAAUGGGUAAAUCCAACCAUCUACCCUGCACGUACCAGAAUGGCAACGAGAAAGCUGCUGAGCUCUACAAGUGGAGGAGCCACAACUGAGCAGCAGGAACAGGCUCAAGGCGAAGAUGCAGUGCUGUUC